GUUCGCGCCACUUAAAGUAGUUUCCGAGGACGCCGAGUGAGAGGGAGGGAGGGUUCGUAGAUAGCGUCUAUUUUUAUUGUUAAAGGGACGCACCCAUAAAGUUUCAAAAAAUAUAUCCAAACAAGCGCUUCGAACUUAAUUUCGGACUCUUUAAAUCAUUCCAGCGUUUCAAGUUUGAACUGCACAAAACCCUGGGGAGAAUAACAAAUUUUGAAAGUCUCAUACUUUGACUGGACGAGAAUGGAGCAAAACGGCACCGCCGGAAUGGAUCAGAAGAACAGCACCUUAGAGGGCGCGAUCGUGAAGGACUUGCAGGACCCUUUGUUCUUGAUCUUCUACGUGCCAAUGGGAAUUGUGACCGUCGCCAUGGUCAUGUCGAUCACGGCGAUCGUCAUCAUCUUGAAGUCGGCCAAGAACCGCGCCACCAUGACUGCGAAAAUCGUCAUCGGCCAGUCGGUGACCAUGUUCGUCGGCUUCCUCUUCAUCAACCUCAUUUUGGCGUUUCUGCGCCAUCUCCUCGACAACUCCAUGGGGAUGUUGGGCUUUACACUCUUCAUCUCAACCAUCUACGUUAGCAUUGCUCUGUUAGGUUCCUUUUAUCUGAGCUCCCACUUUUGGUUGAACAUCCUAUGCUUUGACGUUUUCUACAAUUUCCGAAACGUUGAAAAUAACCCGAGCAACGUGCCCAGAGGCUCGACCAAGUGCAGAUUCGCAAUGUACUGCCUUUACGCAAUUCUGCUGCCUUUGGUUCUGGUCUACACAUCAACUGCUUUCAUGUUUCAACAAGAAAAAGAUCCAUCAGAAAAGACUAGUCCCAAUACCACUUUGGCGGGUUUUUUAACAUUCGUAGUUCCGGUUCUGAUCCUGAAUGCGACGAACUUUUAUUUCAUUUUCACCACGAGAAGAAAUAUCUCUAAAAUGAGAGAGGAAAUGAAAAGCUUCGAUGGCGACUCCGGCAAGGAAGAGGCGAUUUCAAAAACUUGGCUGACGACCAAAAUGCUGUUGAUGACUCUUUGCAUCUCGUUGGUUUUCGAGGCAAUCAUAAUCAUCGGACUGUGCUUUGAUUUGCCACCAAAUGUGGUGUUCCUCAUUGGCAUAUUCAUAUUCAUCAUUUGUGUUCUGCGCGGCCUGACUGCGACAAUCGUUUAUGUCUGCUUCUUUGGAAAGAAGGAAAGAGACCUAAUGAUAUAAAGGAGGAAAAGCAACGAUCCAUAUUCGUCUGAAGCCUUGGUAUUGUAAAAAGGCUUUCAGAUUUUUUGCAUGCGAAGCGAAAAAGAAUGAAUUAACUAUAGCAAUUUAAUUAAUGCUAUUCCUAAUAGUAAUCAUUUCAUACUCUAUAUACAGACUGAUGUAGUGCCAAAAUGUAUUUUGACUGCCAUAGUUUUUUUCAUUAAUUCUGACAGAAGUUGCCUCAUAAAACUCAGUUUAACUUUUCCAAUUGUGUCUUUGUAACCUAAAUUUAGGCUAGUAGAUUUUAUACACCGCAUUUUAUACUAA